AUGUCCAAAGAGGUGGAAGGAUUAUCAAUAAUCGUGCCAACUUAUAACGAAAAGGACAAUAUCGCAUUUCUUCUAUACUUAAUUAAGCGAUACCUCUUUCCUCUCAAUAUCGACUAUGAAAUAAUAGUGGUCGACGAUAACAGUCCCGACGGCACCGCCGACGUGGUUGCGAAGCUCAAAGAACUCUUGGAUUUGCCCCUUAAGCUUGUGAAACGGCCUGGGAAGCUGGGACUCGGCAGCUCCUACAUCGAGGGCGUGAAGCAUUCCAUUUACCCAUUGGUGCUCAUAAUGGAUGCUGAUCUUUCUCACCACCCCAAGUAUAUACCCGAGAUGGUUUACAAAUAUCGCAAAUUUGGUUUCGACGUCGUCAGUGGCACUCGAUACGGCAGGGGUGGCGGCGCUUCCAACUGGCCCUUGAGCCGCAUAUUAAUCAGCAAGACUCUCAACUUUGUGUGCAGAUUUUUAUUCAGGCCCAGGUUUACAGAUCUUACAGGAAGCUACAGACUUUACAGAAAGGAACUUCUCAACUCUGUAAUUGACAAGAUAUACAACAAGGGCUUCCUAUUCCAAAUUGAGAUGGCUCUCAGAUGUGACAGGACUAAUGCCACCGUUGGAGAGGUGCCAAUUGUGUUCGUCGAGAGGAUAUACGGGUCAUCCAAGUUUGGUACAUUCAUGUUUAAUCCCUUUUGCACUAACUUAUUUUCAGGGCUUUCUGAGAUUAAAAGGUCUGUUCUUGGCCUUUUGAAACUCAUGUGGGAAUUUUAA